AUGGCCGACUUCCCGUGGGGGUUUGGGGUAAUGGGUCCAAGAGGCUUUUUCUACGUCUUGGAGCCGCACGCAGCGACACCAGUGACGUUUUCGCAACCGCGCUGGACUCCGGAUCGUUGGCUGCGGUUAGCUGUGUCCUCCAAACCCUCCACUCUCUGCAACACAACCAGACCAGUUCCCGGCAGUCCACUGUGGUUCCUCCAGGAGCUUGAACCAGGGAGCGCGACCUUCAGCGCCAAGAACGUCUACGGGAGAACCUUCAUGCGGGAGCUGGAAGGACGCGCUGCCAGCAGUGCGCCAGCCGGAGCGCCACCGACGCCGGAGGAGGAGAUGGAUGGGGAGGUGGAGGUGGGAGGAGGCGAGCAGCUGGAUGUCCUGUUCGAGAAGGAGCAGGGUGUGGUGCGACGGGCCGGAUGGCUCUCCUUCAAAGCUCUCAUCACCGUCAGCAAGGACAGGAAGCUGGAGCUGGUCGCUCGCCGCAAGUGGAGACACUUGUGGGUGACACUGAAAGGUUGCACUCUGCUGUUUUACGAGACUUACGGGAAAAACAUGAGCGCCGAGCAGGAGCUUACUCCUCGCUACGCUCUGCUGGCCGACGACAGCAUCGUCCAGGCCGUCCCCGAACACCCCAGGAGGGAGCACGUCUUCUGCCUGAGCAACUCGCACGGAGACGUCUACCUGUUCCAGGCUACCAACCAGACCGACCUGGAGAACUGGGUGACGGCGAUCCACUCGGCGAGCGCCUCGCUGCUGGCGAAGCGUCAGCGGAAGGAGGACACGCUGCGGCUCCUCCGCUGCCAGAGCCGCUCGCUGCUGCACAAGAUCGACAUGGACGGGAAGAUGAAGAAGAUGGCGGAGCUGCAGCUGUCCGUCAUCAAGGAGCAGAAGAACAGGAAGGCCGUGGAGAGCCAGAUCCUGCAGUGGGAGCAGAAUCUGGAGAAACUGAACCUGGAUCUGUUCCGGUUGCGGUGCUACCUGUCCAGCCUGCAGGGCAGCGAGCUCCCAAACCCCAAGAGCCUCCUCGCUGUGGCCAGCCGGCCCUCCAAGAGCAUGCUGGGACGCCUGGGGGUCUUCUCUGUGUCCUCCUUCCACGCCCUGGUGUGCAGUCGGGACGAGGCGAUGUUGAGGACUCGGAGUCGGACUCUGUCGGGAGGCAACCUCAGGAGGAGGGGCCUGCCGUCCUCUCUGAAGGCCCUGGAUGGACUGAGCAGACGCAGGAGGGACGACAGACACUCCACGUCCCAGAAACUCGACUGUGCGUCUAAUCACAGGCAGACGACGCCCCCUGCAGGACAUCCUGCAGCUCUACAGGUCAGUGAUGAGCUGCAGCCUUCAGUCCUCGACGUUUUCACACUCAACAUCUGUCGGACCAACGCUGUUAAAGACUUUGGUUUUGCGGUGACGGGUCACGUGGACGGAGCGGGGAGAAGCCACGUCUACGUCAGUGAAGUCGACCCGCUGGGACUGUCGGCCAGAGAAGGCCUCAGGGCAGGAGACGAGGUCUUGGCUGUGAACGGGGCCGCUGUGUCCGGACUGGAUCUGGACCUGAUGCAGGGUCUCUUCAGACACCAGAAGCUCCAGCUGCUGCUCAGGAGAGACGAGUCCCCCGAGCCCGAGGAGCCCGCUGCCACCGCCGCCACCGUCUGGCCCAGCCCCUGCCAGCCCCCAGCCCCUCCGGACUUCCAGACCUGGACCACAAGCACAAAUUCAGAUUCUUCGUGUCCGGACGGCGUCCUGCUUCCUGUUUUUGACGCCGUUUCAUUGAAACCGUCUGAAGACGUCGAGCUGCAGAAACAGAACGUGGACCGGGUCUACUCCCUGUACCAGACCUUCCCAGAAGGCCGAGCGGCGGAGGCUGAUGUUCCAAGGAACCCGUACAGCAGAGAGGUCGGCCUGCAGCCCACUAGCCCCGCCCACCUGAGUGUGUGUCAGCGUCUGCGUAAAGUCAUCCAGGAGCUGGUCGACACAGAGAAGUCCUACGUCAAAGAUCUGGUUUGUCUGUUUGACAUCUACCUGACUCCUCUGCAGAAGGAGACCUUCCUCAGUAAAGAAGAGAUGGAGGCGUUGUUCGGAAGUCUGCCCGAGAUGUUGGACUUCCAAAGAGUUUUCCUUCAAACGCUGGAAGAGAAAAUCGCCUCCUGUCCCAACUUCAGCACCCUGGAAACGCCCGGACAGUUCAAGAAACUCCUCUUCUCGCUGGGAGGAUCUUUCCUUUACUACGCCGACCACUUCAAGCACUACAGCGGCUUCUGUGCAAACCACAUCAAAGUGCAGAAAGUCCUGGAGAGAGCGAAGACAGACGGUGCCUUCAAGCACUUCCUGGAGGCGAGGAAUCCGACCAAUCAGCACUCGUCCUCUCUGGAGUCCUACCUGAUCAAACCCGUUCAGAGAGUCCUGAAGUAUCCGCUGCUGCUCAGAGAGCUGGUGUCGCUGACCGACCCCGAGAGCCCCGAACACGCACACCUGACAGAGGCGCUGAGAGCGAUGGAGAAGGUGGCGAGUCACAUCAAUGAGAUGCAGAAGAUCUACGAGGAUUACGGCUCUGUGUUCGACCAGCUGGCUGCAGAGCAGAGCGGACCUCACAAACAGGUGACGGAGAUCUCGAUGGGGGAGUUUCUGGUCCAUUCCUCUGUGGUUUGGUUGAACCCGCUGCCCAGUCUGGGACGACUGAGGAAGGAACCAGAGCUCACACUGUUCGUGUUCAAACGGGCCGUCAUCCUGGUUUACCGGGAGAGCGCCAAGCUGAAGAAGAGGAUGACCGGCUCCCGCUCAGCUGAUCUGGACCCCUUCAGGUUCCGCUGGUUAAUCCCAGUUUCAGCGGUUCAAGUCAGACCGGCCAACAUCACAGGCUCAGAGAACCCGUGUGUCUGGGAGCUGGUUCACAGCAGGUCGGAGGUGGAGGGCCGACCGGAGACGGUGUUUCAGCUCUGCAGCAGUGGUUUGGAGACGAAGGCCAGCGUGCUACGAGCUCUUCGCUCCCUCCUCAGAGACCGAGCGCCCACCGGCUCCCUGAGGAGGACCAGGCUGUCGACGGCAGAGAGGAGCGGCUCCUGGAGGAGGAGGCAGCAGCGCUGUCGCUCCGACGGCCAGAGGACGACCCACCGUCAGCCGGAGGAGAGCUGCAGACCCGACGCCGGCUUCCUCCUGGGAGAGACCUGCUCGGAGCCCCUGCUGCCCAGCCGCGCCCCCUCCGACUCCUCAGGGAAGAGGACCCGACUCUGCUCCCUCACCAGCGAGCUGGAGGCUCAGCUGCAGAGGCUAAACUUCACCGAGGAGGAGGAGGCCGAGCGAGGAGCAGCAGUGGCAGCGUCUCACAGCGGCGACCGGAGGAACGAGGAGACGGGACGGACCUCCAGUCUGCGUCGAAGUCCUGGAGGAGAAGUUCUGGACCUGGAGAGAGACUUCAGUGUUCAGAGCCUGACCUCCAUGAUUAACGAGGACUGUUUCUACGACUCCAUGCUGGGGAUGCAGAAGGUGGCUGUUCCCACGCUACAGGGCUAAAGCUAACACGCUAACUGCUGGAAACCACAGGGAGUAAAACUUUUAUCAGACCUGUUUCUUCCAUCACGUCGGACAUCAACCCGUCGUACUAAAGGAGUCACACGUGGAACGACCUCUGGCAGCCGUCUGAUUGGCUGAGAGUUCUUCAAAAACGACGACGUUUUCCCGAUGAGGAAGUUUACGUCAUAAAUAUAGAGACGUGAAGUGAAUAAACUCAAGUAUAACAAAGUUUAAGAGCCACUGUGAGAGAAUUUUGGGGAACAAGUUUUAAUAUUACAAGAAAAAGAAAGAAAUAUUUUAAGAAAAUGUUAAUUUUAUGAGAAAAUUUGAUAUUAUGAGAUUGAAUAUUCAAUCAAAGUAAUAGGAAACUAUCUUAAGUAUUCUCUUAACAAUUCAGACUUUAUUCUCGUGAAAUUAUUCAUUUAUUUUUGAAAUAUUAGGUUUAUUUUAUUUUUCUCAUGAUAUUAAAUUAUUUUUUCAUCUCAAACUUUGUAUUAUUUCCUCACAGUGGCUCUAAAUUUAGAUUUUGGGUGAGUUUGUCCAUCCACCAACAGGGUCAAUAAACAAACCACAAACCUCCAAAAAACUUUCAGGAACUAUGGAAUCAUUUUUAACUUCUUCAAGAAUACCGAAGAGGACGUAAAGAGACUUCAUGAUGAGGAACGAUGAAGGAAUCUGGAAGAAAACAGUGGUUUUACGCAGUGGAUUUAAGAGCUUUUGCAAGGAACAAAGUCUGAGAGAAUAAAACUUAUCUGGAGCUCAGUUCUCUGUUGGGAUUCUCCGUGUUCUCGUUUUUAUUUUGAGAAAUAAACGAAUAUUUCUCUGGUUUUGAUGAUUUCGUUGCACUCAGCUGCCUGAACUCGUCACAAUCGUCUGUUGAAACGUUGUAAAUAUUUCUCUUGUACAGUCGGUUUUGUAGUUUUCUGUUUAACAGAUAUUUUCUUGACAAAAGCGGUUUGGAUGAAACGUCUGGAGCUGCUGGAUCGGAUCGAAGCCUUCAUGUAACUGCGGGUUCAACUGAUGUAUUUAUAUUUGUUUUUCUGUAUUUCAAGUUAUGUGACUGCGUUUCAUUUUAAUGAACUCUUCAAGUUAUUUGUAUUAACUGUUAAAGUAUUUGGUAAUUUAUUUUCUUAAAUAUUUGUGUACAACUUUUUAAUGAGUCCAAUAAAUGACAAAGUAUU